AUGACGGUCGCCGACGAGAGGUUUCCUUCAUCUGGCCUGUUCGACGCCAUUAACGGAGCCAUCGGCGACAGCGAAAACAAACAAGACCUCGCAAACGCCAUCAAGCAGGCCAACGCCAUUUUCGGCUUCGUGUUGAAAAACAAGGACGGGGAGACGCAAAGCUGGCACGUCGACCUCAAGGAGACCGGCAGGGUCGCCAAGGGCCUCGAUGGCGUAAAACCCAACGUCACGCUCCAUCUCUCCGACGAGAACUUUGGCAACCUUGUACUUGGCCAGGCGAAUCCUCAGCGACUGUUCAUGGCUGGCAAGCUGAAGCUCAAGGGCGACAUUAUGAAGGCUCUGAAAUUGCAGCCUGUGCUACAGACUGUCCAGACCAAGGCAAAGCUUUAGGAGUCAGAUCCUAUACCGCGAUUGAUAGCAGCUCUGGAUGCGCUCUGCGACAUGCAUCUGCAGCCCGAAUGUAGCCGCCUCCUCGCCCUUAACGCCACGUUGUACCCAGGCACGGCGGCUCGGCAAGAGAUCGCGGCUAUGCGGGG